UGGUUCGAAAAUACGGGGUGUUACAACCCCAAACAAAUUAGGGAGGGGCCUAUUGUCACAAAAUGCGCAUCGAGGGCCAACAACUGUCCUCACAAACCAACACAAGUCCUUUCGGCGCAUGUGUCCUCACAAACCAGCACAAGUCCUCACUCAUGCACACCCCGAGAAAACUUCCUAGGAGGUCACCCAUCCCAAGACUACUCCCAGCCAGGCACGCUUAACUAUGGAGUAUUCUUAGUGUAUGAGCUCCCUAAAAGGAAAAUGCACCUUAUUGAUAUGAGUAGUAUAUCAAAUCCUUUUAAAGCAAUCAUGAGGGGUAUUACACCCUCUUUCAACGUUCUUCUUCUGUAAAAAAAAAAAAAAAAAAAAAAAGAAAAAAAAAAAAAAAAAAGACUCGACCUUCUCCCAUAUCCCGUAGCCUCAACCUGCCUCACUCUCCACCACCUCACUCUCCAAGAGCAUCACCGACCAUCUCCUCUGCCCUCACUCUCUACAAACGGCCGCCGCCGGUGCUAUGCCUCACCAGCGAAGUGUAGGACGUACAAAACCCUAAAUGAAGUCGAACUCUAAAUUCGUCGAGUAUAAUUUCACAAUCUAGGUUGAGGAUCAUGGCCUGUAUGUAUUGCUGAAUUUGGUGGUGAUAUAGAAGCUGAUGAUGACGAUGAGUUGUCUGAUAAAUCUGAGAGUGAUCCCGAGUAUGAUGUCGAAGUAGAGGUUGAUAAGGGUGAACUAGAAGACAUUGCUAAUGAUGAAUUAAAGCAAAGGUUUGAUGAUUAUGAAAAGAUGGCUGAUGCGGCUUCUCUGUCUAAUGUCGUUAUGACAAUUGCAACACCUGCUACUGCUACAAAUACGACCCAUCAAGCUGUGAAAACUGCUAAGAAAGGGAUGCGUACAGGAAGAGGUCGUGGCACUAGUAAUGGAAGAUGUCCGACUAGAGGUUUAAGAGUAAAUGAACCAAUGCACCUUGAAUUUGGUCAUUUAUUGCGUCCAACUGGGAAAUGGAGGUUUAAGUAUGGUCAGCAACUUGGCUUGUGUAUACGCAAGCUGAACAUCAAUUGGGAAUGGUGUACUACUGUCAGUGAAAGCUUAAAGAAUACUUUGUGGCAAGAGACACAGGCCCAAUUCCAUAUACCUGAUGAGCUAGAGAUAAAAAAAAAAGGUGUUUUUAAGUGCAGUAGCUAUGAGAUUUGGAGAUUUUAAAGCUAAACUAGUGUCUGGAUGGAUAAUUUUCACACGAAAAAAGUCCAAACAAAAGGAAGGUCGCGAGCCAUACCAACUUUACAGACACAAAGGAAGAAGAUUGGAAAUUAUUUAAAAAACAAAGAUGUCCGAUGCAGCAAAGGCAAAGCGAGAGAAGGCCCAGAAGAGUGCGAGUAUGAAUAUUCAUCACCAUGGUAUGCGGCAGAGAAACUAUGAGGACAGCAGAAAGAUUUGGAUUGAGGAGGGUUUUUAUCCGUCUCGCAAAUCCACAUCGUCGAAAUCAUGCAAGGAAAAACCUAAAGAAAUUACCAUUGAAAUCAAUCGAGGUGAUGAUUGGUUAUGUGCAAUGCAUAGGAAGGACAAGGCAACUGGUAAAAGAUACCUCCCAAACUCCAAAACUAAAGAAGUGGUUGAUGCAUAUCUUGACUAUAGAGAGAAGCAAGAAAAAGGAGAAUUUACUCCACACCAAAACAAGGAUGCAUUAUUCAUGGCUUUUGGGAAGAAGGCAGACCAUUCGGGUCGUGCAAGAGGUUUUGGAGGUCUUAACGUCGGGAUCAAGAAGGCAUUUGGCAAGGAAGUAGGAAGGACCAAGUGUAGCCAAACUAGAACUUCAACCGAAGAACGAGAAGCUUUAAAAAAUGAACUUCGUCAAGAGUUGAAAGAGGAGUUUGAUGCAACCAUGAAGGACAAAAUGUCUUCAUACUUGCUAGACAUGGGUUUCAAGUUGCCUAAUGAUACUACUUGUAAAUCAGGGCAAGAUACCUAUACCGGUGUGCCUUUUACUUCACCAACAAAGCAGAACGAGCUUCUGCCACUUGACUUACAGGGUAAAACUUUAUGUAAUUUACUUCUAAAGGAUCCUGAAACGUUAUCGAUGUAUGACGUGGGGAGUGCUAUUGCAUAUCAACCUGUUCAGAAUGAAUUGGUUCAUCUUAUGGCCAUCUUACCUAGUCAUGUGAAGGUGGAAAUUCAUACUAUACAUGAGGAGUUUUAUGGCCUACCACUUCCCGUUCCUAUCCCGACGUUUGAGAUCGAAGUGUUACAACAUGGGAUUAAAACAUAUGUACAAUGGCCGUUGUCAUUGAUAAAAUUUCAGACUGAGGAAUCACUCCAACCAAGAAACUCAAUCCCUUGUCACCAGAGAUUGCAAGCAAUGACUUACGCUUUGGAGAGGCCACCCAAAGAACCGUACUUGUUCCCUAAAUGUUGAUGGAAUCUCUUAGCUUGGAUAAUAAGUGGUUGGCAACAUUUUUUGACUCCUUGCCAGAUGGGGAACCUAUUGCUGUAAAAUUAGAUCACACUGUAUUCCAUUUUGAAAAAGAUGGGAUUGCAUGGGUAAACAUGGAGGACGCCUCUCAGUUCUUUAGAGGAGCAAAGUUGAACAUAUCAAUUAUUCAAGUAUUCAUGAGGUUACUUCAACAAGAUUUGAAAUCAAAAGAUAAAGCUUAUGCGAUUGGGUGGUUGUGUCCAGAGCAAACUUGUGAAACGAAAAUCCGUAAGAGCUUGCAUGAAAUUCAUGACUAUGUCUUCAAAGCAGUAAGCAAAUCAGUUGAAAUGAGGCAAAAUUCAUUAUGACACCAUUUUUUCAAGAGGAACAUUGGAUGCUUUUGGUAAUUUGUGUACCUACUUGCACUAUUUAUCAAUUUAACUCUGCUCAUCCAACAACGACAAGGAGAAAUGUUAAAAUUAAGACUAUUGUGAGCUUUUUUUUAACGAGGUUUAAGCUAAAUGGAAACCGUGUGAAUAGAAAAGAACCUCUAUGGAAACUUGUGAAGUGUGCUCAACAAAGAGGUGGUACCGAGUGUGGCUUUUACACAAUGAGAUACAUGUAUGACAUACUCUCCAAAUAUGGUGAAGCAAAUGAUAUUGAUGAGGUUUGCAUGUUUUUAAAUGAAGACCCUUACACUGAUGAUGAUAUUGAAGAAGUGCGGAACACAUGCCUCAUAUUUCAUUAAUUAUUGCGUGUGAUCAUAGUUUCGCGGCAAUAUUUUGACUUUUCUUUUGGAUUGAUAUUUUUUGUAUAUAGAAAAUUGAAUCGUACAAUACAAUUUAUCAUAUGUAUUGUGGUAAUCUAAUUUUGAGCUAAUUAAAGUAUUUUACUCAUAAAGUUCAAGAAUACAUGUCCUUCAUGAGUAAAUUACACGUAAAAACAGAGGAGGUUCUCUCUAAAUUUUGAUUUAUUAAUUAUUUAUUACCAAAUUAUGGUUUUU